AUGCCCCGAGCGUUUCUGGUAAAGAAGCCGUGCGUCUCCACGUGCAAGAGGAACUGGAGCGAGCUCCCCGACGAGGAGCGCGGCGAGAUCUACGUGCCAGUCAGCCUGGGCUUCUGCCCGCCACAGCCCUACCAGGAGCCAGAGCCCUCGGUGGCCGAACCCCCUUCUUGCCCCCUGGCUUUGGACAUGAGCCUUCGGAACUCCAGCUAUAUUGUGACCCCCGGGCCCUGCGUGGUGGCCCAGCUGCCCUCCGAAGACAUGAGCCGCCUGGCAGGCCCGCAGAGCAGAGACCAUGGCUUUCUGCGCACCAAGAUGAAGGUGACGCUGGGGGACGGUCCCAGCGGAGACCUCUUCACCUGCCACAUCUGCCAGAAGGCCUUCACCUACCAGCGCAUGCUGAACCGCCACAUGAAGUGCCACAAUGACGUCAAGAGGCAUCUCUGCACCUACUGCGGGAAGGGCUUCAACGACACGUUCGACCUCAAGAGGCAUGUGCGCACCCACACAGGCGUGCGGCCCUACAAGUGCAGCCUGUGUGACAAGGCCUUCACGCAGCGCUGCUCUCUGGAGUCCCACCUCAAGAAGAUCCACGGUGUGCAGCAGAAGUACGCAUACAAGGAGCGGCGGGCCAAGCUGUAUGUGUGCGAGGAGUGCGGCUGCACGUCCGAGAGCCAGGAGGGCCACGUCCUCCACCUCAAGGAGCACCACCCUGACAGCCCGCUGCUGCGCAAGACCUCCAAGAAGGUGGCCGUGGCCCUGCAGAACACCGUCACCUCCCUGCUGCAGGGCGCCCACCACGUCUGA